AUGGCGCCAUCUCCAGUGCCCCUGGCCCUCCUGGGCGGCUCUCCGGGAGCCCCUCCUCCCAGCUCCGCCCACUUUGUUCCAGUCUCCCCAGUUCGCCCUGGCUCCCGCGAGGCUUCUUCCAACCCAGCCACGCCACUCUUUUUUUCUGUCCAGGCCCCACCCCCUUCUUCAGGCCCCUCCCUCCGCCGCUUCUGCGCCUGCGGCCUGGAGCUCCGGGGCGCGCGGACGGGCGGGGCGGGGCAGGGCGGAGCGCGCGCGGGGGCGCGGACGCGGGGGCGCGCGCCGCCGCUCCCUGCUUCCCCUGCGAGGCUCGGUCUCGGCGGCUCCGGCUCCGGCUCCGGCGGCCCCGGGCGGGCCGCACCAUGCCCCGCGGCGGAGGAGGCGGAGGAGGAGGCGGGAGCGAGAGCGGACUCGGCAUCGGGCCUCCGGGGAGGCGCUAAGCGGGCUCCGGGGCCAUGGGGGAUGGAGCGGCCGCGGCCCGGCCCGGCCCCGGCCCCGAUCCCGAGCCCUGCCCCGCGGGGCCCUGAGCGCCGAGCGCAGCUGGGCCGGCAGGACCAAUGCCCAGGCCGAGCUGGGCAGCCAGAAGAUGAGCAGGCUGCUGGGGGGGACCCUGGAGCGGAUCUGCAAGGCCGUGCUGCUCCUCUGUCUGGCCCCUGGGCCCCCCAUCCUCUCUUUGGCGCUAUGCCCCACCCUCCCUUCAGUGCCAUGCCCGGGCCAACCCGACCCUUUCCGCCCCGGGCGGGCCGGGCCCCCCCCCCCCAGGCCGGCCCCCCUGGAGGCUCCCCCGGGGGGCCCAUUCGGUUACCACGUUGCCCCUGCCCCCGUGCCCUGACGUGCCACCUGGGUUAG